AUGAAAGGUCUCCGCUGGCGUUACUCUCGGCUGCCCUGCCAGGUGGAGGGUGAUCUGUCUGGGGAGGAGGGUGAGGACAAAGAGGAGGCAGAAGAAAAGGUGGCAACUCCAACCUCUGUCACAGCCCCUGCUCCUGAAGAUCCCACGGAAACCCAACUUUCAGAAGCCAGCCAGGUGUUAGGUGCUUCGGAGAUUAGGCAGCUCAGCCUCCAUCUCCCACCGAGGGUCACGGGGAACUCCUGGAGGCUGGCCUUCUGCACAGCGAGGGAUGGCUUCAGUCUGCAGAGGCUAUACCGCCAGAUGGAAGGUCACAGUGGGCCAGUGCUGCUGGUGCUGAGGGACCAGGAUGGGCAGAUGUUUGGGGCCUUCUCCUCCUCAGCCAUCCGACUGAGCAAACGCUUCUAUGGUACUGGCGAGACGUUUCUCUUCUCCUUCUCCCCACAGCUGAAGGUCUUUAAAUGGACAGGAAACAACUCUUUCUUUGUGAAAGGAAACUUGGAUUCACUGAUGAUAGGCAGUGGCAGUGGCCAGUUUGGGCUGUGGAUGGAUGGAGACUUGUAUCAUGGGGGAAGUCACCCCUGUGCGACCUUCGACAAUGAGGUGCUCGCCCGACAGGAGCAGUUCUGCAUCAAGGAGUUGGAGGCCUGGGUCCUGAACUGA